AAAUUUGGACUUACCCCUUAAAAAAAAAAAAAACAAAAGAAAAAAGAGGGAUAGCUGAAGUCCCUCUUGGUUCCGGGAUCCUGAGUAAAUAAACGAUUUGAAGAAGUUUGUAAGCAUCAUUCCAAAAAUCAGAGGCAAUGUCGACGGCGGCACUUCAAGGCGGCGGCAGCGGGAGCAGCAACAGCAGCAGCCACCACACUAACAGCGGUGAUUUGGGUGUUGAUGAUUUCCACUUCUCCUCUUCUCAACUCCUCUCUCUCCUUGACUCCAAGGAAGACGCUUUUGAAGCACUAAAAGCUGAUUUGAUGGAUGCACUUAACAAAGGAGUUAAGUCAUUAGAUGAGGAUAGCUGGAUGUUUGAUGGACCUCGGUCACGAAUCAACCUCGUAUCGAAGCCAGGUAGGUCCUUUGCAACAAGGAAUGCCUAACAUUUAGAUCACUGAAAGUUUGGACCGCAUUAAGUCAAGGUUUCCCAUUUCCCUUUGUAUACUGCUGCAACUAUAUUGUCUUCUGUAGGGAAGCUUACUGACAAGGUCAUUGCCACUCAACUAUCAAAAACUUAAAGAAGACGAAUGAAUUGAUUGCUGAAUCAAAGCUUUGAAGAUAAAGCUAGAGCAUUUGUUGUAAAUUGUGGAAUAUAUAUAUUUAAGAACUGAUUUUAAAUUAUUUUUUUUUUAUAUUUAUAUUCUUGGGAUGCUUAAGCUUCCAAUUAAAUGUACAAGACAAAAUCUGCGAAAAUUACACAAAUUGCUUUAGCCUUCCUGGUUCUGCUGUUCUGCAUACCUUGUGUAUGUUGUUUUCCAGUAA